CUCGAUACAAAGGCCAAGAGUGCGUUCACGCGCAAAUACAACAAGGGCGUGCACAAGUCGCAGGCGCUCGUCGAAGCGAACCUCGCGGCCAACCCGGCCAAGAAGAAGACGUCCAAAAAGGCCGCGGCGGACGACGACGGCCUCGGCGACGACGACGGUCUCAUGGCCGACGACGGUGACAAUGACGACGACGACGACGAUGUGUCGCAGUUUCAAAAGAAAGCGCCCGCCAAAGCCGCGGCCAAGGCGCCUGCGAAGCGGAAGGGCAAGGAGCCCGCGGGGUCGGCGCCCAAGCGCGCGCGGGCACCGGCCAAGAAGAAGUAA